AUGAACGAUAAAGAAUGGACGCAAAUACCCUCAGAAGGCGACAGGCCCUCGUUUUCUCUCUUCACAGGUCCCCUGCGCAAGCCUGAUCUCGACGACAGAGAUUACAGGCUCAUCGAACUGCAGAAUGGCCUUCGCGCGAUUUUAGUGCACGAUAUUGCCGCAGAUAAGGCGGCAGCAUGCAUGACAACCCAAGUCGGCUCGAUGCACGAUCCAGGAGAUGCACAAGGACUGGCACAUUUUUGUGAGCAUAUGAUCACCAAGGGAUCGCAAGCAUUCCCAGACGAGAAUGCUUACCUAUCCUAUGUUACAUCCAACGGCGGCGUGUGCAAUGCUGCAACAGCACCAUCUUUCGCGAAUUAUUGGUUCUCUAUCGGGUCUUCAUUCCUGUCUGGCGCGCUGGCACGUUCGGCCGCGUUCUUCCAGUCGCCCCUCUUCACCGAGUCCUUAACGAAGCGUGAGAUAUAUGCAGUUGACUCAGAAUUUAAACGGAACGUCCAGAAGGAUGAGCGUCGGAUUCUUCAGAUAAACAGGACUCUUAGCCUCCAUACUCAUCCAUACUCUCAGUUUGGCACAGGAAAUGUCGAGAGUAUCACGGAGAGCGCAACGAGGUUGGGUCUAGAUAGGAAAUCAUCCGAGACCAGUGCCGGCGUCGAUUCAAAGGACGAGGUCGUGUGGAAAGCGACGCGAGAGCGACUCGUCGAAUGGUGGAGAACUCAAUACUGUGCAAGUCGCCUGACACUGGCUGUCGUCGGAAAAGACUCUCUAGAUGAUCUUACUGACACAGUCGUAUCGUUGUACACACCCAUUCUGAACAGGGGACUGGAUCCACGUCCCGUCUUUACCCAGCCUGUGUGGGGUCCGUCCGAGCUAGGGUCUAUCAUUUUCAUUAAGACUAUAAAAGACUACUACGGUUUAACUGUUAGCUUUUUGCUUCCGGAUCAGCGACCGCACUACAAGAGUCAGCCAGCACGUAUCAUAGCGCACUUCCUGGGUCACGAAGGGCCUGGAAGUGUAUGCGCUUUCCUGAAGCGCAAAGGCUGGCUCGUAAGCCUGAGCGCUGGCAUCAGGUCUCGCAAUCCGAGCGUGCAACACUUCCAGCUGACCUCAAAACUCACGAAAGAAGGAUACGAGAAUUAUCAAGACGUUCUUCUCGCUAUUUACAACUACUUUUCUCUCCUACGUUCUUCUCCCAUAGAUGAAUACCACUUUUCAGAGAUCAGUAACAUGUCUGAAACACACUUCCGCUUCCAGGAGAAGACACAGCCGCAUACAUACACUAACUGGCUGUCGUAUCAGCUAUCCGAGCCUUAUCCGCUCCAAGAGAUCCUGAGCGGUGCCCAGCUUGUCACUGAAUGGGACGAAGACCUUGUGCGAGAGCUUCUAGGCAACAUGGUGCCCGAGAAUGUUCGUGUCACUCUUGAAGCUCGCGACCACGAAGAACGCUUUGUGGGACUGGAUACGAUGUGGCUCACAGAGAAGUGGCAUGGUGGCCAGUAUUGCGUACGCAGGCUGGAUGCGGCCUUGAUUGAGAAGGCUCAUCAAGGAAACCAGAACGUCGAAUUGUUCUUACCUGAACCCAAUCCCUACAUUCCCACGGACCUUGCAAUCGACAAAAUAUUUGUUGCCGAGGCAGAGAAGGCUCCAACCUGUAUUCGACGCACCGCCUUAUCAACUUUGUGGCAUAAGAAGGACGACCAAUUCUGGGUACCCAAAGCCUCUGUCAGAAUUGACAUCAGGAGUCCGCUAGCGUACGGAACCCCCAGGCAAGCAGUCUUGACUCGGUUAUUGGCAGAUCUUGUCGAGGAUGCGUUAUCCGAAGUCACAUAUGCUGCCGAGCUAGCGGGCCUCGCUUACUCCCUUUCCAAUCAUCGAAAAGGUCUCCUAAUAGCCGUAGGUGGAUACAGCGAUAAACUUCCCGCGCUACUACACACAAUUCUCAGCAAGCUGAAACAUCUGGUGAUUGAUUCGGAGAGAUUGAGGGUGAUUUCUGAGCAGGCAAGUGUUAGACGUGGCUAUGAGAAUUUCUACCUCGGUCAACCCUCUAGCCUAUCUGAAGAGUUUGCGACUUGGUCUAUAACGCCGACGGUUUGGACCCCUGCCGACAAACUUGCAGAACUUCCAUACAUCUCUGUAGAAGAUGUUGAACGCCACAGGGACGAACUCCUCUCUAGAGUUUAUGUCGAAUCCUUGGUCAACGGGAACAUCACAAAAGACAAAGCAAUCAGCCUGAUUGAAACGGCGGAACAAUGUAUACAGGCACGCCCCCUAACAUGGAACGAACGUCCCCGUGAUCGUUCUCUGUCUCUUCCUGAGGGGUCCAAUGUCGUCUGGCAGAAAGCACAUACCAACCAACAGGAAGGCAAUUCGAGCCUUUCGUAUUAUUGUCAGUUUGGUGAUAUCGCUGCUGGUUAUUCGAGGCUACGACCUGUGCUGGAGCUGAUUGGGCAUAUGAUUCGCGAACCAACAUAUACUCACCUCCGGACGCGGGAGCAGUUGGGAUACGUCGUGACCAGCUCCGUAUGGCGAGUGGCAAGUUCCAUGGGUUUGAGCAUCAAGAUUCAGAGUAUGCGAACGCCAUGGGACGUUGAAUCUCGCGUGGACGCAUUUUUAAAUGAUUUCCGCGAUAUCCUGGCAAAGAUGCCCGUGAAAGAGCUGGAGGACAACAAGGAGGGCCUGAUUGUGAAGAAACUUGAGAAGCUGAAGAACCUUAGCGAAGAAACAGGUCGCUUUUGGGGGCAUAUCAGUAAGGGGUCUUAUGAUUUCCUGCAACACGAGCGAGAUGCUGGGAUCAUCAGGACGUUGGCCUUGCAAGAGAUUAUAGACGCAUUCGACAAGUUUGUGCGGCCAUCGUCGGCAGUCCGCAAGAAGAUCUCUGUGCAUCUUGUAUCCCAGAAGGUGGAAUCGCAGCCGUCAAUGGACGCGCAACAUACGCUUGUAGUCGAUUCGGAUGACCCUGAUCUCGCCAUAUUCAAGGCUGGUUUAGCUUGCUAUCCCCCAAUGAUGCCUAUCGUCAUGACGACCGCGCUAUCGGCUGUGGAACGGUGCCAUCUCUGA